AUGUCGUCUUCAACGAAACUGCUCGCAAUGGGAAACCCCUUGCUGGAUAUGCAAAUCAGCACGGACCAAAAGAUGCUAGACAAGUACGGCCUCAAGGCCAACGAUGCCGUUCUCGUUAAUGACUCGCAGAAAGGAAUCUAUGCGGAGGUCGCCUCGAUGUCGCCAGUCUAUGUUGCCGGAGGGGCCGCCCAAAACGCGGCACGAUGUGCGCAAUACAUCUUGCCAGAUAACUCCACCGCUUAUCUUGGCGCUGUGGGUGACGAUGAGCUCGCUAACCAACUCCGAGAGGCCAACAAGAAAGCCGGGCUCAAGGAAAUAUACCAAGUCGUGAAGGAAUUCCCCACGGGCGCUUGUGCUUGUUUGAUAACAGGUCAUCAUCGAUCUUUGUGUACUCAAUUGGGAGCUGCCGAGAAGUUUUCUCCCUCCCAUCUGAAGACCGAGCCAGUGGUCAAGGCCAUUGAAGAGGCGCAAAUCUACUACCUUGGUGGAUUUUUCCUCACUCAUGGAAUCGAAAGCUCUCUAGAGCUGGCCCAAGCAGCUGCCCAAAGCAAAAAGAUUUUCACAAUGAACCUUUCAGCACCGUUCAUUGCCGAGUUCUUCAAGGACAAAGUCGAUCAACUCUUGCCAUACGUCGACUACUUAUUCGGCAAUGAGUCGGAAGCGGCAGCCUACGCAGCAGCUCACAAUUGGGACACCAAGGAUCUCCCAACCAUUGCUGUCCGUAUUGCUGCACUUGCCAAGGAAGUGCAAACUCGACCACGUGUAGUAAUUAUUACUCAAGGAGCCGAAUCGACGAUUGUCGCCUCCACUAGCAAGAGCGCGUUCUCACCUUCUUCCGAGUUGAAAGCAAUCGAAUCGGGUCACGUUCUCAUCGUCCCAGUCUCGCCCCUCAAGGACGAGGAAAUCGUUGACACUAACGGGGCAGGCGACGCGUUUGCAGGCGGUGUUUUGGGCGGCUUGGUGCUCGAAAAGUCGAUCGAUCAAUGUAUCGAAAUCGGUCACAAGCUUGGUCAAAUGUGUGUUGGACAAGUCGGGCCUCAAUUGAAAUGGCCCAAAGUCCAAGUCGUCUGA